AUGGCACCGACUACCAGGAAAGCUUCAUCCCUGAAGCAGCAGAAACUACAGCUGGAGGAAAUAACGGCUUCCUUCGACGACAUUGGAAAAAUUCAUCGAAGGAAAUUUAGUGAGGCUUUAGUUGAACUAAAGUCACACGAAGAUUUUGAAGAUGAGGAGAAGUAUUUCGACAAACUGCGAAAGAAAAUCAGCGAGCUUUACUACGAAGGGAAGUCUCUGCUUAAGGACAAGGCGAAGGAACUCCAUGAACCGGCUAAUUUGGAGCAAUCCGUUCGUGAUCCAGCGAUACAGGGUCACCCAGACCAUAUUCGUUUGCCGCAGAUAAACCUCCAAAUGUUCAACGGUGAAAUUGAUGAGUGGUUAAGCUUCCGGGACUUGUUCACUUCGUUGAUCCAUUGGAGAACUGACUUGCCAGAGGUAGAGAAGUUCCAUUACCUGAAAGGGUGUCUUCAGGGUGAGCCGAAGGGUCUGGUAGACUCUUUAAAGAAAAUAACCAGGGCGAAUUACCAGAUUGCUUGGGAUAUUCUGUGCAAGCGGUACAACAAUAACAAGUUGCUGAAGAAGAAGCAAGUCCAAGCCUUGUUCAAGCUUCCAACACUCUCCAGGGAAUCGGUGACCGAGCUGCGAACUCUUGUGGAAGGAUUUGAUCGAAUCGUCCAAACUCUCGAUCAAAUCAUACAGCCAGCGGAUUACAAAAACCUUCUACUG